GGUUGCAAGGUCUCUUGUCUCAGUGGAAGCAGAAGGCAGAACUGGAGCACUGGAAGGGAUGAAGUGCUAGACAAAAAGGCUUGAAACUAUGCGGCAGCAUAAAGUGCAAGGACAAAGAAAUUUGCAUCUCCGUUCAGAUACAUCCAGAAUGCUAUGUGGUGGGAAGAAGUCUUACUUUGCAGCUGCUGUAGGCCUCAUUACUCUAACGUCAAUGGUCACGCUUUCUUAUCUUAGGUUACAGAGACUAUCUAACCUGCCAAAAGUAAUUCAAGAAAGCAGCAGCUGUAGAGGGAAAAUUGCCAACAGCACCAUAACACCAUUAAAAGGUAACAGAACUUUUAUUAUAUCUCCUUACUUCGACAACAGAAAAAGAAAGCUCACUCGUGUGAUUGGGAUUGUUCACCACGAGGAGGUGAAAGAACUGUACUGCUGGUUCUGCUGUCAGCCUGAUGGAAAGAUCUAUGUAUCCAAAGCAGAUAUUGAUGUUCACUCAGACAGAUUUGAUUUCCCUUAUGGUGCAACAGAUAUAAUUUGUUUGGAGCCUGGAAGCUGUGAUCCAACACAUGUAUCCAUUCACCAGUUUCCCCACGGGGAUAUUGAUCAGCUGCCAAGGUUUGAAAUCAAAAACCGCAAGGCUGAGCCUUCUUCUGUGGACUUCACUCUGUGCAUCUCUACCAUGUUUGGAAACUACAACAAUGUCUUGCAGUUCAUACAGAGUAUGGAAAUGUACAGGAUUCUUGGGGUACAGAAGGUGGUGAUCUAUAAGAACAACUGCAGCCACCUGAUGGAGAAAGUCUUGAAGUUUUAUAUGGAAGAAGGAAUUGUAGAGGUAAUUCCCUGGCCAAUAGACUCACAUCUCAAGGUGUCUAUUAACUGGCACUUCAUGCAAGAUGGAACUCACAUUGGCUACUAUGGACAAAUCACAGCUCUAAAUGACUGUGUGUACCGUAACAUGCAGAGGAGCAAGUUUGUGAUUCUUAAUGAUGCUGAUGAAAUCAUUCUUCCCCUUAAGCACCCAGACUGGAAAACAAUGAUGCACAGCCUUCAGCAGCAACAUCCAGGUGCUGCUGUUUUCCUCUUUGAGAAUCACAUCUUCCCCAAAACUGUAUCUACACCUAUGUUCAAUAUUUCAUCCUGGAAUGCUGUGCCAGGUGUUAACAUAUUGCAGCAUGUUCACAGAGAGCCUGACAGGAAACAUGUAAUCAACCCCAAGAAAAUGAUAGUGGAUCCAAGAAAAGUGAUUCAGACUUCAGUCCACUCUGUCCUACAUGCUUAUGGCAACAGUGUGAAUGUUCCUAUGGAUUUUGCCCUCAUUUAUCACUGUCGGGUGCCCCUUCAAGGAAGCCUUCCCAGAGAAGCCCUCAUCAGGGAUACAACACUGUGGAAAUACAACUCAUCAUUAAUCAUGAAUGUUAACAAGGUGCUACAUCAAAUCGUGCUGUAAGCU